GCCCGGAAUUUUUUCAUCGUUUGGCGGCCUCUGCCAUUUUUGCUGGGUGACGUCCCGCGCUUAAAUUUUGAUGAAGCAGGAAACGCCUGUAUUAGUGAACAGUGCGAGGUUAAGCCAAAGGAAACAGGUCAAAGUGUACUUGGACAUAUUUCGAGAGUUCUUUAGAGAUAUUUAAAGCGUCGAGCAGUUUCAUUAAAAAAUAUUUUAGUCGCCUCGAAAAAUGUAUAUGCGAACCUAUUAGUAUGUUAUUAUUAAGUCUCUUCCCCCGCUACUAACGGCAUAAAACUAAACGAAUUGCGGAAAUAUACGAUAAAUAAAAUCUGUUGAGCUAUGCAAGGCUCGGGUUCCCAGCAUUCCGCUACUCUUGUGUACAUAAAAUCUGGGCAGGCUGAAAAGGGAUGUCAGAUUGCCGACUCCUUUGAAGUUCUUGGUGGCGUACCUUUCAUUUUAAUCAUAGUGCCCGCUUAUGUGUGUUCAGCUUGUAAAUAGCAACACCGAAGACAUAUGCCACUUUAUGUCAAUUAUUUUGACAGCAAACAAGAGCAAGUAUACAGGAUGUCGACGCUAUUGAAACACACAAGAUAAAAUAAGAGUACAUCAGGUGCUCGUAUCGCAGGAAACGGAAUAAGAAAAGACAAGGAACAAAAAAAUUGAAAACGAUUCAUCAUCUCCACCACGCUCGACUCUGGCAUUGUUCUUCACAGAAGGCGGCGAAGAGGUAAAACAGCUACUACAGCAAAUUGAAUGUAAUUUCAUAAAAAGGCGAGUGUUCUUUUUCUUGCCAGCCAUACAAUACAAAAUAGAUACAGCCAUACACGAACUAAAUGUGCUAACACCCAGUGACAUGAAAAAUGAUGAAGAGCAUUAAGCUUUUGCCCGCACCCAGACGUUAGAGAAAAAAGACCUAAAGAAAAUAGUGUGUAAGGAGCUGCAAAUUUGCGAGACAAGCGAGGAGAAGGCAGGAGAAUCGUAACACGCAGGACAACAGGCAACGUAAGAAAAUAUAAGCUAAAAGGCAGUGCAGUACAUUGGACCAGCGUCAUUUAUCAGUGACGGAUCGCCUGGCAUCGCAUCGUUCUAACUAGCACCAUCAACGCCAACCCAGCGAGGCAUAUGUACCCGGAGAUGCUGGCAUUGUAUGGUUUCCGCAGCUGAAAGGAUUCUGGGAGUUCAUUCAAAAAACCAUUAACCCUAAUAAGCAGCCACAAAAGCCAGCCAGACAAUACGCUCAGUCCGCUUAUCGAUGAACAAGCCCUUAUCGCGGCCUAGGACAUAGGCUGUGGACAGUAGCCCUAGCCAAGGAGAGGCUGUAACAGGGAAGUCAGAGGCGAGAACAAUGUCAAUGGUUCCGCCACGGCUUCUGCUGCGUUUUCGGCGGCCCUUGCAUCUGAUGGAACUCUGCAUUCUGCUGCUUUGCUUACCGACGCUGCUUCUGGCGACGACCCUUGAGCCAGAUCAAAAGUCAAUACUGACGGAUAAUGACUGGAAGAAGUUAUGGAUGCGCGGCGGUAUAAAUGCCGACCUAAAAUUGGAAAAUAAUCUCGACUCGAGCGACUCUCCAAUGUUCGAAGACAGUGAGCUGAUGGCGCACAACACAACCGUUCAGCUGGGUGGCACCGCCUUCCUGGUCUGCAAAGUCUCCGGCGUGGACAGAGUGGGUGUAAAUUGGAAUCAAAUAUCUUGGAUCCGACGCCGGGACUGGCAUAUCUUGUCGUCAGGGGCCCAGCUCUACACGAACGACGAGCGCUUCGCGAUACUGCACACACCGGGCUCCAACAUGUGGACGCUGCAGAUAAAGUUUGUGCAACGGCGGGAUCACGGCAUGUAUGAGUGCCAGGUCUCAACCCCGACUGGCAUCAUUUCGCACUUUGUGAAUCUUCAAGUGGUCGUGCCGGAGGCGUUCAUAUUGGGAUCCGGGGAAUUGCAUGUCGACAUGGGCUCAACAAUCAAUUUGGUUUGCAUUAUUGAAAAGAGUCCUACACCACCGCAGUACGUGUACUGGCAGAAGAACGAUCGGCUGAUCAACUACGUCGACUCCCGGCGGGAUAUAACCAUCGAGACAACCCCGGGACCCCGCACUCAAAGCCGUCUGAUCAUUCGCGAGCCUCAAAUUACCGAUUCCGGUAACUACACCUGCUCGGCUAGCAACACGGAGCCGGCGAGUAUAUACGUCUUUGUAUCGAAGGGCGACAAUAUGGCGGCAAUCUCGCGGCGCAAGACCUCCUCGGCCGAUCGCUUGACGCACAUAUUUAGGUCGAUGCUGGCGCCCUGUCUUUUGCUGAACACAGUUGUUGUGAGAUGUAUCUUCCUGACCUAAGCUGACGUCCUCGUGGGCAGCGUUGGUGAGCAAAAGAACGACGACAAAGAAAUCCUAUUUAAGCUAUUUCCGUGUUAGACCUAUAGUAUGCCGAAACAGAGUUAGUAACUGAAUAGCACCAAGUCUAGGAUAAUUUAUAAGCAAAUCUCAGUGAAAGCUGAGAACUCAAGUGUAAAAAUGAAGAAUGUGUUUACAUCCAGACAAGUUUAAAUAACUAUUUUUAGUUGCCAUCUCAUUUCUGAUUGAUUUUGUACAUGCAUUUAUGUGUAUCGCUCGGUUUACAUUCCCCAAACUCCUUAGUUGCCAUAUCCAAUGUUACGUAUAUGUGUAGUGCAGUUUGGCUGCUCGGUGAGUUGAAAGCUCAAACUUAUUUCAAAUGCCUUUAUUCGACCAAGUUCUUUGCGACCCAGACGUUUUCCACCGGAAACGGAAUUUGCAUAACUAGCCAUUUUGAGUCCAUUUAAUGAGGUAUAUAACUGAUCAAAAGUAAGCAUUAAAAACUAUUAUAACUGUUACUAAUUGCUAAUUAAAAAGUAAAAACAUACAGCAGCGGGCACGACCAGCCCAAAAGGCAACAUUGGCGAAAUAAGCGUUAACGAACAUAAGAGCGAAAACGUCUGCCUAUAUUAAUUAAUUAUGUUAUUAAGUUUGUAAAUAGAUUUUAUUACAAAUGGCAGAGGACGGACACGCACAUACAAGCAGACAAAGUCCAUGAAAAAAUUUAAAAAGUGUAAAUAAAAGGAAAUUAUACAACUUCAACAACAUAAACCACACGGCAUACUGUUGACUGAAAAUGUGCAAUAUAUUGGCCAGGGGCUCUGGCCGGGAUGGAAAUGAGGACGGUUGACGAGGUCGAUUUGGAGAAGAGGGGUGCUAGUAUGUUGAUGGUUUAUGGGCCUUGAAACUGUCAAACUCAAGCUGUAAUUAGUUGCAAAAGCAUAAAAGAGAUAAGUCACCGUUGUUUCGUGGCAGAAACCCAGCUAUAGGUUAAAAUAUAGGACAAUGUAAAUUCGUGAAUCUGCCAAAUUAUAAAAUUGAAUAAUAAAUAAUUUACAAGAAGAUAGAUAAAGAAAGACAAUUGAAAUCUCCAUAGCGUAAGAGCCUCUCGAGCUCCUAAAACUCUCAACUUCGACCUGGCACUGGCACAGAAUACUUUCGAAGGUUUCUAUCGAUGUCGUCGCAUUUGAUUCCUGGCCAUGCUAAUAAGCUUAAACAUUUCAAUCAUGAAACCAAAAUCUACGUAAUGAAUUAUGUACAACUUCUCGACUGUUUAUUAUAGUUGGGCUGGCUCUACUAAUAGUUGCAGGCUGCUAAUACGACAAGAUACAAUAUGAGAGUUUUGCUCGAAUCCGAAUUGAUAAAUUGUCAGACAUAUGCCAGAAAUAGGCGGUAGUUGUACAUUACAAACCAAAAACUGUUAAGAGAUGAUAAUUGAAGUUUGAAUAGAUUCACUAGUGCAAAACCGCAGCAAAAAUUCAAAUCUAACACUAAUAAGUAUAAGUAUUCAUAAUACAGAACACACUAAAACGACUUGAUGUGUCUGCACUUGUAAGCUUAUGUCCAAGCCCGUUGGACAAUUUGAAAGCUAAAUAAACGACGCAUUUAGAUUGUUUUCAGUGUUAAGCAUUUCCACUGUAAAUAUUUACCGAAAACAUACUUACAUAUAUCGCUAUUAGUGGCUCAUAAAUAUUUAAUAAAAAUUACACAUGGAAAAAAUAACAUCCGUAAUAGGAUAUUGUACUCUUGGUGUGAAAACAGAGCAAAAAUAAACGAAAAACCGAUAUAGAAUGAUUCAAAUGUUUUAAAGUUAGAUGGUCGAGCAAUUAAUUGUAAAAUUUCAACUUGCAACAAUUUAACGAACAUGAAUUUAAUAAUAGUGAAGAUAUUAAUAAUUCCAAAACAGAGUUACAUUGUGGUUGCACGUACAGAUAAAUAGGAUGAGGACAAGAGAUUAUUCAAAUGCAUCAAUGCAUCUGUAACAGUACGAAUGCAUUAAAAUAAAUCAAGUGAUUAUCAUGGAAAAUAAAUGUAAUUUAAAUAUUAACAAUGCAAUCUA